UAUAAAUUUAGGCCACGCCCAGCGUGCUCUGGCGGCCAAUUUAAAGGGCGAGAGUUUAAAAACAUGUCUCUGCUCAGCUGUCAGUACAAGCAUGCAGCGCCUACCUUCUCAGCUGGAAUGUUGUAUGUCGCCCAUUACCAAUCCUCAAGCACAGUUCUAUGGACCUCCAGAGCCUUGGAUGCUAAUAGACUCCAGUGCUGCCAUGGAGGAUUUAAUUGGUGUAUCUCCAAGAUCUCGCUUUUUUAGUGAACCUGGGUUACUGGCUGAGGAAGACUGUUAUCCAGAGUUGAUGUUACCAGAAUGGUCCACCUUUCCUGAAUCAUUGUAUUCCUGCGCAGAACAUGACUGUAGCAUGGACACAGCAAGUGUAGGUGUUGAUACUGAAUUGGAUCUUUUGGAAUUGGACAAAUCGGAUACCAGCUUCAAUUCCUCUCGGCAACGAAACUCUGUAAGGUAUGAGACGGAUGAGGCCAUUCUACAGAGGCGGCAGAAGCAAAUAGACUAUGGCAAAAACACGCUUGGCUAUCAACGUUACACACAGCAAGUCCCAAAGCAUCAGCGGGAACCAGGAAUUCACCCUCGCAGCCCCAAUAAGCGCAAGAAAUAUAGCCGCCGCUCCUGGGACAUGCAGAUCAAGCUUUGGAGACGUGCUCUCCAUGCUUGGGAUCCCCCUGUGGAGUUCUUGUAUCCGAAAGACUGGACAUGUAAUCCAUCACAAAGCCUGCUUGAAUCCUGGUUUGGAAUUGAAGAACCUCUGGAAACACUGGAGUCCGAAGUAAUUAACCAACAGUUCUCAUGCCUUCCUGAUCUGAGUUAUACCUCCCAAAACAUGGGAGCCAUGCCUUUCGCUUGCAUGCCUUUUCCAGCCUAUGCAGGUGAUUGGGGUUAUUCACACUGGUUAGGGAUACAAUAAUGUCUCGUCAAGACUUUUACUCAAUCUUAUUUAUGUUUAAAAAUGGCCAGUCUUAAAGACUUGCAAAUUCUUUUUUUUUUGUGUGUGUAACUGCCUCUUUGUCUAAACUUCUGUGUUUCACUUGUUUUCAAAAUUAAUGAAAUGAAGGUCUCCACUUUA